AUGAAGGUCAAUGAAUCGUUCGAUAAAUUCUAUGCGAAUCUUAAUGAUAUAGUUAACUCUAGUUUUAACUUAUAUGAAAGGAUCCCCGAGACCAAAAUUGUUAGUAAAGUUCUUAGAUCCUUGCCCGAGAGGUUUAGACUUAAGGUGACCGUGAUAGAAGAAAGUAAGGAAGUAGAUGCUGUUAAGAUUGAAGAACUCGUGGGAUCACUUCAAACUUAUGAACUCACUGUUUCACAGUCCAAAAAGGUUAAAUCCAUUUCCAUGCACAUCAUUAGAAAAGAGGAGAGCGAGUUCACUGAUACUGAGAUCCUUAGGGACGAUGAAAUUACUUAUUUCAUUAAAAAAUUACAGAAGGUGAUGAGAAAUGGGAGAAAACCUCAAGAACAAAAAAUUGGAUUUCUUAGAAAAUUCGUGGAAGAUAAUCGUGAAGAAAGCGACUCUAGAACUGCUAAUAAGAAAACUCAAUCUGUUAGAUGCCAUGAGUGUCAUUGCUAUGGUCACUAUAGGAAUGAAUGUCCUAACUUGAAAAUGGGUUUUAAUAAUGGCAGACGUAAGGCUUAA